AUGAUCGUGAGCGGCAUCGACUGGAUGGUUGUGACUUGGCCGACCGCGGGACAUUGCUUCCCGGGUCAGUGCGUAAGCUCGGCCAUGGUUCAGGCGGGACGGACGUGUUCGGAAUUUGGCCGACCGCGGGACAUGCGUUCCUCGGCCGGCCGCUCUGCACGGCUUGGCCGCGGUUUCUCGAUAGAGCCGCCUGGACCAGUCUUUGCUAUUUUGGCCAUCACUCCUUUUCUACUCAUCCAAAUGAGGCCGUUCCAGUUGCGUUGGAAAGUUAACUCACUCAGAGCACGCAGGGAACUGGUUUUGAUGAAAUCCAUUGAGUAG